UACUUUAAGAAUUUUUGGGCCGUAGAUCUUUGAUAGAUCCGAUAUGCUGUAAUUCUUGCUUGUUUUUUAGGUUGGUUUUGGCCAAUUCUUUAUUUUCCCUGCGAAACAUCAACUUGACACUUGGACUGUUGCCCCCCAGAAGACACGCGAUAUGGCGUGAUUCUGUGGGUGUUAAGAGUUCUUGGGUCAGGGCUUAAAGUCAAAGUGCGCGGAUAUUUUUCAUCAGAGCUUUCUCUGGUUGUUGCGCCAAACUGACGAGCCCCAAACAGGGCGAAACAGCUGUCUAUGACUACAAUCCCGCUCUGUUUUGAGUUCUUUCGGUGUCGUGUUGAUGUCUUGCAGAGUUAAUUAUUUCACGUGGUACGAUCAGCAUUGCAGUAUUCUGCUUGCAGAAUUUAAUAUGUCUACAUUAUUAUUUUUGCUGAUCAGAUCUUUUAUGUAUUAACCUUUUUAGCUCCUAAAGACUCCUGAAGCGCAGACAAGGAUCACUUGCCUUUUCUUUUACCAUGGAGUCAAGAGAGAAAUACAGAAGUGGAAAGAAGUCGAAGAAACCCCUUCUUUGCCUGAGGAUGAAAAACAGAACAUUUUACUGAAAUGCAAGAUUUCAAUUAGCAAAUACGCAAAGGUUGCACUGCUGGCCAACUCAUUUAUGCAACGGAACAGCUCUAUGGAAAUUCGCAUAGUUGACUCGGAAAAGUAUGAUGUGGAAAAACAGAGGGAGGUGGAAAGGGAGACUUUUGCCCUCAUCCGUCUUAAAGGUAGGAAUAGAAUCCAUGUGUUUUUGUAGUUAAGCUACACGUAUACAACAAACCAGCAAACGUCAGAUUCAAGUUGAAAAUUUUCAAGAUAGAAACUGAGCAGAUAAAACAGUUCAAAACAAUUCUUAUGGAUAAAAAAGUGAGUGAAACUACUAAUUUAUGCGUAGAAAUAAUGAACAGUAAACGACUGGUAAAGGGGAAACGUGGUCACGUGAUACAAAUUCACGUUUGCCGUUUGACGUACGUUAAGCUUUAAAACCUCUCUAUUAGCUGCUGUUGUUGCUUCCAUUGAAAUAUAAUCGUUCGAUUUCCUAACUACUCUAACCUGCGAUCAGGCGUUCUUAGUUUUCGGGGAAAGCUCGAAAAUGAGCGGACGGUUUACACAAUUACUGCUUUUUGAUACCUUAUUAACUGGAUUAAACGCCUCCACGUUUAUUAAAUUUUUAGCGUUUACGAUCUGAUUCAGGAGCGAUGUCUAUUUUAAUUUGGUGACAUUUUUUUAAUCACUGACAAAAAUUACGAUUAUCAUAAUCAUUUUUAUUCUUCUAAGUUAUGUAAAACAGAAGGAUGUUUUAAGUUCAAUGGUUUGUUUGUUUUUCUUUGCUGAGAUUCGUAAUUGCCUGGAUGGGGUAGGUUACCAGGUUGUACCGAGUUUUUCCCUCCCCUAAUAUACGCCGCAAUGUACUGAGUGGGUGCGCGUUUGGUGAUGUUUUCUUCCAUGACAUGAUGAAUGUAUUAAUUAGUUUUAAAGAAAUGUAAACCCUAUAGCAACAUUAGCAAAAAAUGUAAUCUUUGUCUUUUUAUGAAAAUAUCAACCACCCAUAUUUUACUGCCAGCUUUUAAUUUUAACGGUCAAUCGUUGAAGUUGCCUGAUGAGUGUGGUCCUAUACAAUUUCAGACCAAAGGAAACAGAACUGUCGCAAUUAGAUGAUCGAUGAUUACUCCUGAAGCCUGCACUCCUGUUAUUAUUAAUAGUCAAUGCUCUUCAAUUAAAUGAAUUGAGCGUUCUACGAAAUACGUUCUACCCAGAAUACAAGUAUGAAUUUCAUACCGUAUAUUGAACUGCGCGAGAUGAAAAAAAUACAUAGAAGAUUAUCACAGUUAAGUACUCAACUUAUGCAGUUGUGAAAAGAAAGCCUGAAAAAGUUCCGACUUUGUCGGUAUUCAAAGCUCAAUUUGGCUUUUUAGCUCAAUUAAUUAGAGCUCUGCACCAGUAUCGCAGAGGUCAGGGUUCGAGUCCCGGCAAGGCUGAAUUUUUUCCAGGCUUUCUUUUCGCAGUUGCAUAGGUUGCGUAUUUAAUUGUGAUGAUCUCCUCGGUAUUUUUCUUCCAUCUGCAGCAUUUAAUCGAAAGUGGCGUUUAAUCGUUAGACACGGUAAUAUUCCCUAGGCCAGUUUUUUUUUUCAGCAUUGUUCGUACUUAUAGGAAUCAGGAAAGGUAGACCAUCGAGGUGGAAAUCUCUUCAAAACUGACUCAAACAGUUGGAUAUUGAUUCCGUUUCCCCAUACGUUUAUCGUCUAUCUAAAAGGGAUAACGUUUAGUUAUUUUAGGGGGUUCUGUGUCAUACGCAAGCCCCUUCUCCUAAAACAGACACUGGCUGAUGCUUGGUCAACUUUAUUCCAAACAGUUCCUUGUAUUUCCUGUGAAAAAACUGCCCAUUCCAACAGUUUGAUAUCUGGUGAUCAGAAACAGGCAUUUUCCGCAAAACACUCCACCACUCUUAUUUCGUUAAUUCUUUCUGAAGGACGGGUAAUAUAACUAGAGGGAUAGAGUUUCUGCAUAGUAUAGUCAGCCUGUGUGCUAAGGCCUCCUUGAAAAUAAUGACCGAACGCGUAGCGCGAGGUCAGCUAUUUUUCAAAAGGCAGAGGAGUGAGGGCAUUAUCCGAUUAAAUACACCCUUCCAUUGUUUCAGAACGAGCAAGGCAUUAUUGUGGCCUCCGAAGUGGAACAGUAGCUUAUUAUUCGUAAUAAUAACCUCCUGUUCCACCCCAGUGGCUUGCUCCUCCCAUUUCUUGUAAAUAAUAACCUGUUCAACAGAAUGAAAGGCGCAUUAAAGCCACAUCCUACAUUUUACAGGUGGAACAGAUGAAGCAAUCUGCUACGCUGAUCAAGCAUCAUCUCCAGAUCAGCGAAAUUUUGCUUCUCAUCUCGUGAACAUCAAUGGGGAGGAGGUUGCGAACAAGCGAAAAGUCUACGAGAAAAGUCGAUUGGUUGCCUGGAGUAACGAAGACUCUAUCCUGAAACUUGCAACUACCAUCAUGAAAGAAAACUCUGAGAUGAAGGACAGAUUCGGCAUUGACGCAAUUGAAGUAAGCCUUUUGUUUUGGUCGUUUGUGUGUCCCUUUAUCGCUAGCCCUUUUAAGCCGCGUUAAAAUGCCUCGAUAAUCUGCGUUUUUGAGCGGCUCUUCAAAUAGUUUUAGCACAGCCAGACCUAAUCCACCAAACGUAGCAUUUUCAAGCUGCGCGUAUAUUUCUCUCACGCCACUAAUUGCAGGGCUGGAUGUGCAGUGCGGGGUUUGGAAAAAGUUAACGGGAUUACAUACGGGAAUUGACGGCUACCGGAGAUGCGGGAUUCGGAAAAAGUUAACGGGAUUACAUACGGGAAUUGACGGCUACUGGAGAUGCGGGAUUCGCCAAAAUACAGUGCGGGAUUCAGAAAAAGUUAACGGGAUUACAUACGGGAAUUGACGGCUACCGGAGAUGUGGGAUUCGCCAAAAUACAGUGGGGGAUUCGGAAAACGUUAACGGGAUACGGGAAUUGAAUGCUGCUGGAGAAGAGGGAUUUGACCAAAAUACAGUGCGGGAUUCGGAAAACGGUAAUGGGAUUACAUACGGGAAUUGACGGCUACCGGAGAUGCGGGAUUCACCAAAAUACAGUGCGGGAUUCGGAAAACGUUAACGGGAUACGGGAAUUGAAUGCUACCGGGGUAGCGGGGCUCACUAAAAUUUGGGCACUGAUGUGGGAUGGGAAAGAAAAUUAUGUUCGGGAGAGCGAUGAGAGAAAUUCGGGAUUCGGUAUUUUCGUGAUGCGUGUUCGGGAUACGGCAUUCUCGUGAAAAAAGAGUGGGAAUACGUGAUCAGGGCCUCCCAGUCUCUGUUAUUGUCUGUAAGUAGCAUCUUCUUUCCAUGCUAUCGUGAUUGACGAAAAUGGCUUUUAAGAAAAAUGAUGCGUUCGAGCACACUUUGUUUGGGUUUUGUGACAUUGGUCAAAAAAUAAUAGCCGUGAUAGCCAUUUACUAAACGGAAGCGACGAUUUACAGAGACAAGAAGGAACAGGUAAACCGUCCGAGACAAAAAUGACAUUGAAUGAAGAAGUUACCGAAAAGUACGAAAGGAAAGCGCAAGGCUUGUUAGUUUCUUGGUUGGUGUUGUGUCUUCAAUUUUUAAAAAAAUCUCUCAACAGAGCGAAGACUUGGCUGACCUGGAACAGCUGACUCGAAUAAGCAACAAAUUUAGAAGCGAGCUUGAUGCAGGCUACUUUGAUCGUAUCGGCGAGGGAAACUUUGGUUACGUGUACAAAGCUCAAAAGGGCAAACAAGAUGUUGCUGUGAAGAUCUUAAAGAAUAAAGAAGACAAGGAUCUGAUCAAUAACUUCGAGAGAGAAGCUGAUAUGUUGAGGUAAGUUCAAGACUCUAUUUGAUAAAUAACGUUAUUAAAUAAAAGUGGCAAAUGUUUCGUUAAUGUAGCGAUGUCACGACUAUUUCCAGGGGGAAAAACAAGCAAUAACUACUUUCCGUUUUGCUGAUUACUGUAUUUAUUCGAUUAAGUGCCCAACCUCGAAUAAGCGCCCACUGCUCUCCGCCCCCCACCAAGAAAAAAAUUGACCUUACUGACAAUGAGAUUGAAAUUUACAAAGUGAUACUUAGCUAGAAACUUCCCACGCGACAAUGUUUUCUGGUACAUCUUCACGUUUUGUAAUUAUUUAUCGAUUGCUGUAAAAUAAAUUUACUACUUGCUGAAAAUGGUGAAAAUUUAGCCUCUGCGUUAGUACUGCAGUGCUCUACCAACUGAGCUGUGAAGAACCAUACACAGAGAGCAGGCCAACGUGUUAAUUUCAUCUUAGCCCGCAAAAAAGAAAUGAGACGCGGAGGUCAUGGGUUGAAAUAUCGUUGAGGCCCUUUAACGAUUUCCCGGGCUUAAUUGGUAAUUACAUUGCGAUUACAACUUCGAUGGUCAUGUCUUCAUUUAGAUUUGUAUUCUUGGAGUUCCCAUAAUCUUCAUUCUGUAAUUCUGAUCACUCUUAAUUCAAAGCUCCUUGUUUUCUAUUGGCAUCUGUUCCAUACGGCCUUAGAGGCAAGCCGCUGAUCAAAGUAUAUAUUAUUUUUAUUCUCUGACCAGAAAAGCGAAUCACCCAAAUAUUGUACAGGUCAUCUCUAUACACAUCUCCAAGAAAAGUGAGUUGUCCAUCGUGAUGGAGUUUAUGGCUGGAGGAAAUCUCAAAGACCUGUUGAGAGAAAACAAGCAAGGAAUGGGAAAAGAGUUCACAGUUACAUUCAUUGAAGAUAUCGGCUCAGCUAUCGAGCAUCUUCACUCGCUUGGUGUUAUGCACAGGGACGUUAAACCGGAAAACAUCUUUGUGAGUACUAGUUUAAAUUUUGGUGCAGUCAUUUUGUCUUUACUACUAACUUUUACUGGUGUGAGUUCCUACAGUAAACCAGAAAUUUCUGUUUAGCCUACUUUGGGCCGUGUGUUGACGUGUGCUCUGUGUGCAUAGCACCCCCAAAACGCGACAAUUGGAGUCUUGUUCUCCUGGAGACACGUGAUAUAGCGUGAUCCGGUGGGUGUUGGAGUUCAUUGUUGAGGCUUAAAACGGAGUGAGCGGGUAUUUUCUCAGCAGAGCUUCUCUGUUUGUUAAGCUGUCCUGACUAGCCACAAUUAUGGCGAAACAGCUGGCUACAACCCCGUUCUGUUUUGGGUUACAAUGGUGUCCUGCUGAUGUCUUGCAAAGUUACUUUUCAUGCACUAGUACGAUCAGAAGUUUGCAGAAUUCAGUGUGUGUACUUUGGUAUAUUUUUGCUGGUCAGGUCCUCUUUAGAUCCUACGCUCUGCGGCAAAUUCGUUUGCAGUCCUUUGCAGUUAAUAGUGAACUUAUGCAACAGGACGGGAGAGAAAAGAAGACGGUAAACCUUAUGUGACAAGCGUGACAGUAAUUGUUUGAAAUAACUUUUCGUCAAACUUCACUUUCAAACUUUUUAUACAGAUCUUUUUGUAAAAGACCAGAAAACAUUGAUGAUAGUGAAGUUCACAACAAAACACGCUAGUAAUGGCCUUGUCGCGUUCGUCACGCACAAGGGAUUUGCCGUCCUCUUCUUCCUGCCGUCCUGUUGCGUAAACUCACUAAUGUCCAAAACUGUGGCCAGUGGUUGCUGUUGCUGCUUAUUUCUAUUGCGUUUUUCUGUGAGUAGGUGGAAUAUGAUUGUCCAGGUGAGAUAGUUCCGGGUGAGUCUAGUCCUAGUCAGUGAGGUAGGAAGAGUCCACAGAAAUCAUCCUUAACGAAAAUUUGAAGAAAGGGCGCAAACAUUUAAACAUAUCAGUUUGUUCCCUCCAAAAUUUCUCAUCAGUUGUCGAAAGAUCAUAAAGUCCUAAAGCUUGGGGACUUUGGCCUAGCCCGUGCUACUAUAGGAUCAAAAAGCAGGAAAACUGAAACUGGAUCGUACCGCUAUAUGGCUCCGGAGGUAAUGAAUUCUGAGGGCAAGUAUUCCGAAAAAUCUGAUGUUUACAGCUUUGGUAAGUAUGGGUUACUUUGGUAAUAGUGCAAGGUCUUAUUUCGUUCCCUCCGAGGUUUUUUUGAUUAGCAUUUUGAAGGCCCUUGGACAGGGUCAGCGCCAACCUGCACGAAAGGAAAAAAUGGAGCGUAACUGUUGGAUUCCCUCUUCUCUCGCCCUAAUUUGUUUUGCAAACUUUGAAGGUCUGAAAUUUAUAUUUGAGGUGCAGUGGGAUCUUUGCAUAUUAAACAGUCACGUGGGACAAAACCACCUUGCUGGCGAGCAUGAGACACAGUGGGCAAAAACAAACAAAAACAACAACAAUACAAUGAUAUCUUAUAACAAGCUAAUCUUCCUUCUUGCAAGAUCCCACUGCAUCUUUUGCUCUCGAUAGAAAUUUUUUUUUUACCUCGGGGCUGUUUUGCUGCAAAGAGCCCAUUCUAGCGUUUUAAAUGUCCCUUGUGUUACGGCAAUUUUUCCUGCUCGACUUUCUUAACGUUGCACGACUUUUUCCUUAAGUGUAAGGUUGCCAGGUGGUUUUUGCGUUACGUUUCCUCUUUGAAAACGCUGAUCCCAUCUUGAGCCAAUAAUUCUCUGGUCAUCAAGAAAGAGAGAAUCAUGCCAACAGGUUUACUUCAAAUUCAUAUGGCAAAAGCUUUGCAAUUGCCAGCUAGGCCACUUCCACUCUUUAAAGAAAUGUCACGUCCUUACGUAACCAAAGCAGUCAUUCCUGAGUAGUAUAGUAGGGAUAAAAUUAAUCUUCUUUAAUAUCCUGCUUCGAAAGAUGCACGUUUUGGUUUUAGGUUGUGCUUGGUUUAACCUGACUGAUAGUUUUGAGCUAUUUCAGGAUUUUUAUUGCCUGCCUAAAUUUAUAGAGCCGUUUGUUGGUUGAUUGAUUCGAGAAGGAAUAAGCGCCAACUCGCAUGCCAGUUUCACACACUGUAUGCAAGUUUACACGGGACACUAUGAGUAUGAAACUUUGGUAACUAUCAACGCGAGAAAUUCUCGCCCGAACGAAACAUAGAAUGAAGAUAACAAGAUAAUUCAUUCUAUGUUUCAUUCCUUUCACAGCUUAAGAUGAACUCAACAAAUUGGCCUGAUCCCAUGUAUAGGACUUCAUAGCUCAGUUGGUAGAGCACUGCAGCGCUAACGCAGAGGUCAUGGGAUCGAAUUCCGUUCAAUGCCCGAAAAUUUUUUUCGGGUUAAUUUGCAAUUGCUAAAAUUGCAAUUACCACUGCGACGAUCAUAUCUUCAUUUAAGUUUGUAUUUCCGCAGUUCACAUUAUCUUCAUUCUACAUACGUUAUGAAACAAAAUGAUCAACAAAACAACAACAAAAUGAUCAAAUCUACAAAAAGGUUAACGUCAUACCUACUAGACUACCUUGCGAGCGACAUUUACACUCGCAAUUAUGCUGACUUUUCACAGGCCCCUUUUUAAUUCUCCAUCGAUUCUGUUUUUUUCGCAGAGACUAAACAGUGAGCUUCUCUUUUCUUUUUAGGGUUAUGUCUGGUCGAGGUUGUGAGUGGCAAAACUGUCUUUGAUGACAUCGAGAAUGACUUUAGGGUACUCCGUACAAAAGUCUCCGGCGGGAAACCUAAUAUUCCGGUAAGGUUGACUAUAUUUGAGCCCUGAUCCUUGCAGGUUAAUCCUAUAAUUUUACAUCACAAAAUCGAUACUACUCGUGAUCUUAUACGGAGUUUAUUUUAGGAAAUUUCCGAGACACAAUUUGGAGAGGAGGCCGCGAAGAUAAGGAAAAUAAUAGAUGAGUGUCUGAAGACUGAAGCCUUCCGUCCCGACAUGCACAUUGUGCUGACAAUUCUUAAGAAGCCGUUAAACGAGAUGGAUGCAAGCGGUCAAAAAGGUAGGUACGUCGCGAGUGGGACCAGCCAGAGAUUUCUUUAAAACUGUUGGAAUACUCCUACGUAGUGAUGCAUAGCAACAGACGUUGUAAUGGGUUACUGGUCCGAUACUAUCUUGUGAUAAGGUAGAUAGUACAUUGGACCAUGGCAAUAAAAGGGAACAGUACUUCAUUUCGCUGGCAGGGCUUACGAUGUAACCGGCUAAUUUCAGGCUUCCCGCAAAACAGCAAAUGGUAAAUAGUAAGCAGUGACUAGACUUGACCCCGGUUGUUCAAACAUUGGACGGCGCUAUCCCCGGGAUAAAUCGCUAUCCAGCGGAUAAGUAUUAGCGGGGAACCAAUUGCGUUGUUAUCAAAGUGGAUAAAGAUUUAUCUAGUGAAUGGCGUUACUGAUCUACCUUUUGAACAACUGGACUCUGUUAGCUCCCAGUGUACGUUAUUGGUCGUCCUGGAGUACAUUUGGAACCCCGCAUGGGGAUCUUGUAGCAAAGUUAGAUUCGCUGAUUUCGUUCUCGUAGAGACACUUUAAAGAAUGUGUCAGAUUUAAUUUCCAUGAAUUAGGCUAUCGGUAGGAGUUGCUUCUGGGCUAGUAACCUUGACGAUGCAAAAAACAAAAUCUGCUUUCCACCAAAACCUAUUUAAAAUUUAUUUUAAAUACGUAGAAAAAGUGAAACCUGAACGUUGCUUGGGAAAAUAUUUCACAUUUUCAGGACGGACACUCAAGCAAACACACACAUACCCGUACGAAUAGGAAUAAAAGGAAAUAGCUAAAAGCCAGGUAGCAAAUAAUUGUUAUAUCGCAAAAGGACAUUUUGACCGAAAUGGAGCCAUCUGCGGAAAACUAACAGUCCUUAAUUAUAAUGUAAAGGUGUUUCACUUUCUUUUCACAAGACGAUUUAGUGAAUUCGUCAUUGGAAUUCUAUGUCUUGUAUGAGUUUUAUGGGCCUUGAAAUCUAAUUAACAAUUAUUCCACGAGGGCGCGUUGGAUAUGAGAUGAUAGAUAGCCAACGAGGCGCAUAGCGCCGAGUUGGCUAUAAUCAUUUCAUAUCCAACAAGCCCGAGUGGAAUAAUUGUUUUAUUAAAAACGCCCACAAAAUCUCGUUGAAUCGCCCCGACUAGAACAAACCGGAAAAGACAAGGGACUUCCGCUAUUGACAUGUCACACGUCUAUCAAAACUGUCAACGCGCGAACGGGCUCGCCUAGACUGCAUGAAUGAAAAAUCAAAACAUUGUGCGAUGAACAUUAGUUUUUUAAAAACUCAUCGUGAUUCUAGGAUUUUACACAGCAGAACAGCUUAAAAAACCUGGCAGAUAAUGUGAAGGAAAGGAAUUUUUAAGUGACAGCCGUCGAAAUUACUAUCAAUUUGGAUUUUCGGUGCAGUUAUAAAAGUAAGAACAACGGAGAAAAACUACUGGUAUUACCUCGUCGCUUGUUAUGAAGUUGUUUGAAGCCACAAGCUGGUUUUGCUGAACGAGAAAAGAAGCUAUACUGCCGCCUCGAUUGCUCUAGUGAAUGGCUGCAUAUAGCCUGUAUUUGUAGCUGGUUACUUGUGAUUUAUAUUCUUGAUGUUGGAUAAACAAGCUGCAGUUAUCUAUCGGCGAGUGACUCGAUCGGCGAAUGGCUUCGCGAUCAUGAAGAAACAACACUUGUCUUCUUUCGUAGCUGGUCAAGGUACUUUAGUUCCAUGUGUUUUUCGACAAACUUUCAAACAAGCUCUUGUGGCUUUUUUGUUUGUUUUUGUCUUUUUUCUUUCGUUGAAAUUGCAUUUCUAGUAUUCUAAGAAAUGAAUUAAAACGAUUUGCUUCGGGCGCCGUUCUAUCCUUCGCGAAAAAAAAUCUCAGCUAGCUUCCAAUUUUAAACUGACGCGUACACCCACCAUAUACGGAGAACAUGGUCUAUUAGCUCAUAUACCAUAACGGCUAAACCAAUCAAAAUGCUAGAAUUGCAUUAUCCAAUGAUUCAGUUUUUAAUAAUAUGGAAUAUUCCACAAUCUUAGACAUUAACGACUGAGCAUGUUUCACCGCAAGCUUUGUGUAACAAUUGUGGAUCCGUUUUAUUUGGGGUAAGAAGGAAGUAAAUAAAGAUAACGCUGAUAUUCAUAAAAGACAACAAAAACGCCCCGUCUUUUAGUAUAUUCAAGCGUGUGAUCAAACCAUUUUUAAGGGUCAGACAGAAUGCAACCUAAAUACCUUAACACCUUACAUCUAUAUUUUCCUCUAAACACACUUAUAUACUUAAAUAAACUACGGUUUUCUUUAUUUCUUAAAAUGCCGCCUAGUAUUUAAAUUGCCCGUGGGGGGAAAUCUCUAUUCCUCAUAAGCUCGGCUUCUCGGAGAUUUCCCCGCCACAGUCACUCCUCCCAAGUAAUGUACAAAUUUUAAAUUUAAUGUUAAUUAACCUAUUUAUUAUCGUUUUUAUUCUGCUUGUAAUUCAUUGUGUGUGGCAAAAUAAUAAAUAAAAUAAAAAGAAUUUUGCUAUAUGUAAAGUGACAAGAAGAAAAAAACAUAGUUUGAGAGAUUUCAACAAGGCAUAGAAGUGCUCAUGGGAUCUAGAGAAGUAACUACUCGCAUUCAAAUGUCACACCUCUAUGUAUUUCAUGUCAUUAGAUGCCAAGUCUUCCCUAUCUCCCGAAGGCCAAUAAUAAUAAUCAAGCAUCUUAAUUUUUUGUCAUGAAGAUGAGAGAUGAUUCAGUUUUGCGAUUAAAGCCUUUUCCUUAUUCGAUCAUUACAGAGUCUCAACAAGUUGAUCUAGGGUCUUGGCGCACGGCUGAUGACGACCGAGUGGAGCUGCGCGCUUCAGAGGCGGUUGGUUCACCUUACCCAGUUGUAGUACAAGCCUUUAAAGAUGGACCAGACCAUCCAACCGCAGAUGACAAACAAACUGAAGAGCAACCUUCUGGUCUUAGUAGCUCAAGGUAUCCUCGUCUUGACCAAGUUUUUAAAGACGAUAUUGGGAAUGUCAGUGCUUCCAAAUCUACAGAAAAACUUACAAAAAGCAGCAAUCCGCCUUACCCUACAGUUGUACAGUCUUUCGGAGAUGGACAGAACUCUCCAUUCAAGGACGACAGGCGAUCUGACGAAAAACCCAGCAGUGAACCUUAUCCUCCUGUUUCACAAUCAUUUAAAUAA